UGCAAUACUUAAUCUUAAACCUGCAGCAAUGGGUAGAACCUACUUUGUUGAGGAAGCAGUUGGGCAGUAUCUUUCAGACCUCAGCACAAAAUUAAAGCCUUAUGUCACCGGCCUGUUAAUAGGGCAGUGUUCCCCACAAAGAGACUACGUAAUUCGGGCUGUUCGAACACCUCCGAAGGAAGAGCAGAAGGAAGACGGCAUCAGUCCUUCAAAACUGGCGUCCAUUGAUGAAGAGUGGAUAACUACACACGCCACUCAGGUUUCUAGAAUGCUUCCUGGAGGCUUAUUAGUUCUUGGUGUGUUUAUUAUUGCAACUCCGGAAUUGUCAAAAGAUAGUCAAAGUGCUUUGCGCAAGCUAAUCUUCUCAAUGGAAAAGUCCUUGACUAAAAGAAGGCUCUGGAAACCCGCUGAGGAGGAGGUCUCAGACAGAGCAGCUCUUCAAAUUUGUUCUGCUACAAAGAAAGUAGUUUGCCGAACCUAUGAUGUACAAGAUUCAAAGAGUUCAGCUAAACCAGCAGAUUGGAAAUAUCAGAGUGCUCUGUCUGCUUCCUGGUUAGCUUUGGACUGCACAGUAAAUGUUAAUAUUCACAUUCCACUUCUUGCUACUUCACUGAACCAUGACUUGGAGAAGAAUACCAAGAAUGGAUUAAAUCGAUGGUCAAAACAAAUAGAAGACAGUGUCUUUCUGAUCAAUGGCCAAGUUAAAGAUGAUGAUACAGAACUACUGGAAGGGCAGAAAAAGUUAAGAGGAAAUACUCAAUCCAGCACUCAGUUUUCUGAUGUCAAAGUUCUGACACAGCUGUCCCAGGGUUCAAGUCUUAGAUCAACAGCUACAGUUCAGGUCUGCAGUGGUUCCAUAAAUCUCAAAGGUGCUGUGAAAUGCCGAGCCUACAUACAUAACAACAAGCCAAAAGUUAAAGAAGCUAUUCAGGCUUUGAAAAGAGACAUCAUAAACACAUUGAGUGAUCGGUGUGAACUACUAUUUGAAGAUCUGAUUAUAAAUGAAGGACCUCACAAAAAAAAUUUUGAGAGGGAAUAUCAUGUUUUACCUCAAAGACUGUUUGUCCCUGUUGCUGGAUCAAGUGUGAUGCUCAGUGAUUAUAAGUUUGGUGAUGAGGCCACUGGAGAAAUUCAGGAACGUUUUGUUGAGAUGUUGGAUCAAUCUGUGCAAGCUGAAGAUAUCCAUAUAGCAGAGGAAAUGAACACAGUUGAUAUUUGUCCAAUUACUGACAACAUGGAUGACACACACCAAAACCAACUGACAAAAACAACGUUGCUGUUGAAACUUCAACAGAAUAUGGGUGUGGUAAUAGCAGCUGCUGUCGCAGUCUUUGCAUCAAUCUUCUCUUUCAAUUACUUCAGUGAUUAAACCCAAGCCACCGGAGCUUCGUGGAAGUAUUGGCCAGUUACAAGACGGAAACAUCUGGGUUUAAUAUUUGUUAGUAGUUAAGAAUUGUUGCCUGAAUACAACCAG